UCUUGGCCUUUGUGGGUUUAGGACCACAGUCCUGCUCGGUCCCUCGGCUUUUGUAGCGUAUAUCCGGAUCGUAGACACCUUUCUGCAGAAAUUGUUGCUAUUGUUGACGUGUGAGGACGAUGAACACUAUAGAGAGCCCCAGUAGCUCACGCAAAACCAACCACCUUCUUAGUGUCGGACAUAGUAUUUGAUCCAACAAAACAUAGCUUCGUUAUCUACAGCAACAAAAUGACAGGAGCGGAGGUAAACUCUAUUACAUCGGUGGUCAAACCCCUCAUUACCGGGUCUCAUAUUCUUCACCACCAUGGGAUCCUCGAUGCCUACGGGCAUCUUUCUGUCCGCCAUCCAGAAAAGAAGGACACCUUUCUGAUGCCACGGAACAUUGCGCCGGCUCUUUUAUCAUCGGCAGCGGACAUUGUCGAGUACCGCGUGGAGGAUGCGUCCCCGGUCGAUCCAAAUAGCCCCGCGGGGUACGUCGAAAGGUACAUCCAUAGCGAGAUAUACAAGAGAUAUCCCGAGAUCAGGAGCGUCAUCCACAGCCACUCAGCUGCGGUACUGCCCUUUACAAUCACCGCCGUUAAUCUGCGUCCAUGCGUGCACAUGGGAGGUUUUCUAGGGGAUAAAGUCCCCAAGUUUGAUAUCGCGCAGGUAUACGCCGAGGGGGAUGUGCGUGAUCUCUUGAUCAGGACUCAACGGCUAGGUCAACAUAUGGCUGUGCUCUUCGCGCAGGAAAUGGGAGAGUCGUAUAACCCAGUAGUCUUGAUGCGCGGCCAUGGUUUCACGGCUGCGGGAGCAAGUAUCAAGGAAAGUGUGUUCAGAGCGAUCUAUACUGCGGAGAAUGCUCGGGUGCAGAGUGCCGCGCUAAGCCUUCAGCUAGCUUCUGGCACGGCACCACUCAAGCCGGGCGAGUCGCUAUACUACCUGGAGGAAGGGGAGCUGGAUGCGGCGACCCAGAUGACACAGUGGUCAGUGAUGAGGCCGUGGCAGCUGUGGGAGAGGGAGGUCGAGGCGAACGGGCUCUACGUGAACAAUGUUGAAUAGGGCUCGUAAUACACCAAGUAUAUAUUUCCACACCAACGUUCUCCAUUUGUAUAGAUUGAACGUACUACACAUUCAAUAAGAUACUAGUAUCUGCGUUAUACACCAAAUAUAAAGUUCUUGUAGUACUAGUUAACACUUAAACAUAACCUCCAGAUCUGUUUGAAGAUACAGUGACUAUCUAGUCCCAUCGCCCCCACAGAUUUGGCUCCGCUGGCCGGUUGGCGAGGAUAUCUUCAAUCCUGUCAACUAUGCCCGGCGUGCUCUCAA